CGCCUCUAGGACUACAAUCGCGGGGUGGGUCGGGUCGCUUGGAGGCAACUGGCUCCGCCCGGCCGCGGGCGAGUCCGGAACACAGUUACCCGCCCCUGUUGCCCACCGGAGCGCAAAGGGAGAGGAAGGCGCCAGGCCGGAAACGGAAGAGGGGGGGGGACGUGUUUGGCAGCGGGACGCACCAUUUCAGUUGUGUUCUUGGUUCAUUUUGUGUCUCGGCGAUGUUUCCUAGAGUCUCGAUGUUCCUACCUCUUCGCCCCCUUUCCCGCCACCCUUUGUCCUCUGGAAGCCCGGAGACAUCAGCGGCUGCGAUUAUGCUACUCGCUGUUCGGCACGGAACAGUCAGGUACCGCAGUUCAGCGCUCUUGGCCCCGACAAAAAAUAACAUCCAAAGAUAUUUUGGCACUAACAGUGUGAUCUGUAGCAAGAAAGAUAAGCAGUCUGUUCGAACUGAGGAGACUUCCAAGGAGACUUCAGAGAGCCAAGACGGUGAAAAGGAAAAUACGAAAAAAGACUUGUUAGGCAUUAUUAAGGGCAUGAAAGUUGAAUUAAGCACAGUAAAUGUACGAACAACAAAGCCCCCUAAAAGAAGACCACUUAAAAGUUUGGAAGCUACACUUGGCAGGCUUCGAAGAGCUACAGAAUAUGCUCCAAAGAAGAGAAUUGAGCCCCUGAGUCCUGAGUUGGUGGCAGCUGCAUCUGCUGUGGCAGAUUCUCUCCCUUUUGAUAAGCAAACAACCAAGUCAGAGCUGCUGAGCCAGCUCCAGCAGCAUGAGGAAGAGUCAAGGGCACAGAGAGAUGCAAAGCGACCUAAAAUUAGUUUCAGUAACAUAAUAUCAGAUAUGAAAGUUGCCAGAUCUGCUACAGCUAGAGUUCGUUCAAGACCAGAGCUUCGGAUUCAGUUUGAUGAAGGCUAUGACAAUUAUCCUGGCCAGGAGAAGACCGAUGAUCUUAAAAAAAGGAAAAAUAUAUUCACAGGGAAAAGACUUAAUAUUUUUGACAUGAUGGCAGUUACUAAAGAAGCACCUGAAACAGACACAUCACCUUCACUUUGGGAUGUGGAAUUUGCUAAGCAGUUAGCCACAGUAAAUGAACAACCCCUUCAGAAUGGAUUUGAAGAGCUGAUCCAGUGGACAAAAGAGGGGAAACUAUGGGAGUUCCCAAUUAACAAUGAAGCAGAAGACUCCUUGUUAGCGGACUAGAGUGCACUAUCAUGUUGUAAAAAGGCCUGUGAAUGAGCCACCUGUCAAGAAACCUUGGGGACCACUAGAAGCUGAUGGAAACCCCCAGCUGACAGCCAGAACAAUGCAGGGACUCCAUCCUACAGCCUCAGAUAGCUGAAUCCUGCCAACAACCACCUGAACUUAGAAGAGGACACUACGUUUUAAAAAGGACCACAGUCUGGCUGUCACCUUGAUUACAGCCUUGUGAGACCCUGAGCAGGAGACCAACAGAAACUGUGAGUUAAUAAGUACAUGUUUUAAGCCACUAAGUGUGAGGUAAUUCAUUAUACACCAGUAGAUAGCUAAUAAAGGAAGAAAGAGACAAACCUAAUUAGAGACUAGAUUACAUAGAAAACAAAAGAAUAUCUAUAGCUAAAUCAUAAGAAUUAACAAUUUAUUUGGCACUUCUGCAGUUGCAUUUCUGUAUGCCAGCAACAAACAGGUAAAAAUAUAAUUUAUAAAAAGUUAACAUUUACAGUAGUAUCAAAAAUAUAAAUAAAUAAAAUCUUAAUAAAAUAUAUGCAAGAACAGGCUGGGUGCAGUGGCUCACACCUGUAAUCCCAGCACUUUGGGAGGCCGAGGUGGGCGGAUCAUGAGGGCAAGAGAUUGAGACCAUCCUCGCCAACAUGGUGAAAUCCUGUCCCUACU